CCUCUUACAUGCAACGACACAGGUGCCUUCAAAAGCCCCCCAACUCAUUUUUGGUAGAGAGAGAAAGAAAAACAGUUAGAGAGAGAGAGAGAGAGAGAGAGAUGGAUCACAUAGCAGCAGCUGAAGAGCAAAUUGCAACAGAGAGAUUUAGGAGAAAACUAAACGAAGUUACCACAGCCGCCGAAACCCAACUCUCUGGUGUCCAAGAUCACGUCAAUUUCACUCUUCAGCAAGCGUAUUUCAGAUGCGCGUACGAGUGUUUUGACAGAAGGAGAACGCAAGAUGAGAUUAACAAUUGCGUGGAGAAUUGCAGUGUCCCAGUUCUCAAAGCCCAGAAUUUGGUUGAGACUGAGAUGGCUAAAUUUCAAGAAAGGUUGAAUAGGUCUCUGAUGGUCUGCCAAGACAAAUUUGAUGCAGCCAAGACCCAACAGAUCGGAAGUGAUGCCCUGAAGGGUUUGGAGUCAUGUGUUGACCAGUCAGUCCAAGAUAGCAUCAAGACGUUGCCACAUAUUGUUGGAAGAUUGAAGGCUUCUCUCUCCAUCAGCGAAUAAAACAUGACAUGACCUGAUCUGCAGUGACAAUGGAGGCUGAAAGACAAAAAAGAACCAUAUGCUACUUGGUUUGACAAACUACAGAAUGUGGUACCAAUUGGUAGGACAUUUUUUUUGUAAUGAGGCAAACUGAUGAAUUCUACCUUCUGGUGUUGGAUUUCAUUUCAUUCGUAACCAGAAAAGGGAACAUGGGUUGCAAAUUUUGGCUUACAUGUGAUAUUAGUUAAAUCGAUUAUUGCUAUAAAUUAUUUCUAGAGCAGUGGCUACACCUGAAUUUGUGAUGAAUAAAUCGGAUUAUCCUCUUGCACA